UCGUUCCCGGAAGCGGCGGUGGUUGAAGUUGGAAGUCCCGGCUUUGGCCCGAGUGAGCGCGGCGGGCGGGGCGAGCUCCGGCUGCGGAGGAGAAUGAGGCGCGGGGGCCCCGCCGAGCCCGAUUUCAGCCUGGGAGCGGUCCGGGCAGCGCGGCGCGUCUGAGACACAUAUGGACUAAAAGAUCAAUCACUACUGCAAUGGAAAAGUCAUGGAUGCUUUGGACCUUUGUUGAAAGGUGGCUACUGGCUUUGGCAUCAUGGUCUUGGGGUCUCUGCCGUAUUUCUCUUCUACCUUUGAUAGUAACUUUUCAUUUGUAUGGCGGCAUUACUUUACUUAUGUUAAUAUUUGUAUCGAUAGCAGGUAUACUAUAUAAAUUCCAGGAUGUACUGCUUUACUUCCCAGAACAGCCCUCUUCUUCACGCCUUUAUGUUCCUAUGCCUACCGGUAUACCACAUGAAAACAUCUUCAUCAAAACCAAAGAUGGAGUUCUUCUCAAUCUUAUUCUGUUGAGAUACACUGGGGACAAUGCAGCGUAUUCUCCUACUAUCAUUUAUUUUCAUGGGAAUGCAGGCAACAUUGGUCACAGGUUACCGAAUGCUUUGCUGAUGCUGGUAAACUUGAAAGUAAAUUUGCUGCUGGUUGAUUAUAGAGGUUAUGGAAAAAGUGAAGGAGAAGCAAGUGAAGAAGGUUUAUACUUAGAUUCUGAGGCUGUGCUAGACUACGUGAUGACUAGGUCUGACCUUGAUAAAACAAAAAUCUUUCUUUUUGGCCGUUCCUUGGGGGGAGCAGUGGCGGUUCAUUUAGCUUCUGAAAAUUCCCAUAGGAUUUCUGCCAUAAUGGUGGAGAACACAUUUCUUAGCAUUCCACAUAUGGCCAGCACUUUGUUUUCUUUCUUCCCAAUGAGAUAUCUUCCUUUGUGGUGCUACAAAAAUCAAUACCUGUCCUACAGAAAAAUCUCUCAGUGCAGAAUGCCUUCCCUCUUCAUCUCUGGGCUAUCUGACCAGUUAAUUCCUCCAGUUAUGAUGAAGCAGCUUUAUGAAUUAUCCCCGUCUCGGACAAAGAGAUUGGCAAUAUUUCCAGAUGGAACUCACAAUGACACUUGGCAGUGUCAAGGUUAUUUCACUGCACUUGAACAGUUCAUCAAAGAAGUAAUAAAGAGUCACUCCCCUGAAGAAAUGGCAAAAACAUCAUCCAAUGUAACAAUAAUAUAAUCGAUAUUCCCUUUUUUCUGAUAAAACUGCACUGUACCUUGAUUUGUGAAAAAUUGUAAAAGAAUGUCAAUUUUUAAAUGUAUAUUAUCUCUGUACUUGCCUAAAGAGUGAAAUUAAACUUGGAAAGGUCUAAUACUUUAUUAUGAUCAUCCAUAUAGUUUUUACAUUUGCAACAUUGUAAAUGAGUGAACAGUUUUACAGGUCUUUCCCAUACACCUUUUGGAUUUGUUUAUUCUUCCACUUGUUCGAUAUAUACAAUGAAGGCUGUUAAACUUCUUGUGACUACAUUAUUACAAUUUACAUUAGUUUAAGAUGACAGAAGGCUCUUCAGUAUUCUCUGCUGUAUGUAUCAGCUAUUUGGCCAAUCAUGAUUAGCAAAAUAUGUUCCAUAACAAUAUUUCUCUUCUAGGAUUUAGUUUAAGUAUACCAUGCAUGAUAGUGUUUUAUUCUUUGAAUUUCUGUGUUAUGCAAGAUAUGCUAAGUAAUGUAAAUAUCAUUAAUGGCAGCGUAUACCUAAGGGUGUACGAUCCUGAUUAUUUUUAUGGUUAUAUAUGUUAUAUUACAAAUUGAAGGUUAAGAGGAAAAGCCAAUUUUCUAUAUUAAUUUCAUUAUUUUUACUGUAGUAGUGCUCACAAAUUUGAGUGUCCAUGCCUAAAGGCCAAGAGAUGUUUUUUCCUUGUACAGCCUGCUAUCUGAGAAGAGAAUUAACCGAUGAAGAGAGGGGGAAAAAUGUACCAUACAAAUAUAACUCUUUCAGAACAAUUAUUGUUUGUCCACAGCUCUUCAACUUAGCCAUUAUUAGUUGCUUUUUGUUGGCAUCACAACAGAAUCAUCAGUUUAGGCAGGGUGUCCCAUGUCUAGGUCAGGAUAGCAGAAAGAGCAACACUAUUUGUUUAAGAGAUGGCAGGUGGGGUGCUACAUAUAAACUUACAUUUGAUUUUAAAUUUGAUGAACUUAAACAUGUCUGUACUCCCUCUACAUACACUUCUAAAACAAGUAGUCUGUUAAAACAGAGUUUGAUUUGUACGGUUUCUAUGAUAGGGAUAAGAAAGCCACAUAAACAUUUAGACUUAGCAGAUUUAUGAUUUGUUAAAGCCUAGUGAAUAUAGAUCAUUUUAUUUUAACUUUUAGCCUUUUGUUUGCGGAUUUCUUAUUUAAAUUUUAUUGUAUAGUGUGCAGAUUGUAAGUACCAUCAACAAAAAUGUGAAUUUCUUCCAGUCACAUUAAGACUUAAUGGUGACCACUUUAGUGUCAAUAGUGUUGAAUAAUAAGAUAAGAGCCUGAUUGUGACUGUCCUUCUAGAAUGAGGAUCCUUGCUUGAACAACUAUACCAAAGCUGUCUGGCAUCUGCUCAGUUAACAUGUACAAAUAUAUAAAAUACCUUGUCUAGGUUUAAUUACUCAUUUGCUGCAGAUAAUAUGCAGUUUGCCUAUUCAACAAAUAGCUUUUUUUUAACCAGACUAAGUAUAUCUGUGAAAAAAGGUUUUCCAUUCAAAAAUCUGUACCAUUGCUGUUUCAGACUGAAUUCUCUUAAGCCCUAAUUCAGGAAAGCACUUCAGCACAUGCUUAAAUCCAUUCCUGUUUAGGAGUGGCACUUAAGCAUGUGCUUAAGGUCCGUUAGCUUUAGUGAACAAAGCUGCAUUCCUGAACUGGUGCCUUAAUGACUACUUUAUUAUAUGGAAGUACAGGUAUUGCACAUGGAUAUGUAGUUAUCAACCAAUUAAAUAUGGACAUGAGGGGUGAAAUUUCUCAACUAGAGAAAAUAGUUUAACGAUGGUUACUCAUUUUUCUUAAUAAAGACAUAUCCUAUAUUGCUGCCA